CAGCCAUCACCUUCAAUCAUGCAUGCCACACCCCUCUGCACUCUCUCCUCUGAACCCCUGGCCUCUGCUCGCCGAAUCAGCUUCCUCUCCCCUCUGCACCGCGCCCAACUCCUCUACACCGAGCCAUCAUUGCCCCCUCGCACGUCCAGCCUUGCUGCACCAGCCCUGCACCUACGCCCGAGCCUUGCGCCUGCGCCCCUGCUCCCUGCUCUGCGCCCAGAUCGUCUGCACUCUGCUGCGCCCGGCCUUGCUUCCUGCACCAGCUUUGCUCUGCACCAGCUCCUGCGCUCUGCACCAGAUCGCCUGCACUCUGCUUGCCCUGCUGUGCCCCACUGCUGGCAAUGAUGCCCCUGCACGCCCAAGCCAUCAUCAGCACUCCACGCCCCUGCCUCCUUGCACACCGCGCCUCGCCGCCAAUCCCGCGCCUCUGCACUCCUGCUUGCUACAGCCCCAUCCUUGCCUCACAUGCAAAAAAAAAAAAAAACAAUACGGGACAAAUUGGCAUCAUUAGUGAUUGCCUUUUCAUUUUUAUUUUAUUUAGUUGUUUGGGGUAUAUAUAUAUAGGGCAAAAGCAGCGUAAUAGGGGGUGGUGGUUGUUAGUUGAUUUUGGGGGUCUUUUGGGGGGAGUUUGGAGUUUGAUUGUGGGUUAUUUUUGUUGAUUUUGGGACUGGUUUGGGAGUUCUCCUUUUUGGUGAGCUCUGUCUCCGUCACUGGUGUUGAAGGGCUGGUUCGAGAGUGCAGAUUUGGGAGAGUGCAACAGCGGCUUAAAGAAAAAGGGAAACGUUUUCUGGGUUUGCCUUAGGUAAUUUCUGAACAGAGGAAUUUUUGGGAAGAGCCGUGAGAGAGAAGAAGGGAGCUUGAUCCCGUGGGUGGGAUCACUCCCUUCGGAUCUCAAUCUGCUGUUUUCCAGAAAUUUCGCCUUGUUUGAUUCUGAUUGUCAUAGAGUUUUGCUUUAUUAAGACUGUACCAGAUGAUGAUACUGCGAAUGAAAUCAAGCAUGUUUG